GGAAAAGUGCAUAAAAAUAUGAAUAACAGUAAUUGGAACUGAAAGCAAUAGGAAAAACAUAUUGCAAAGGGCAAUAAAGCCAGAAAAAAACACAUUCAGGGCAACAAGAGGCACAACAUGGCGCCGACACCGCUGCCCCUGGAGCAAAUGUCCGGCGUUGGUGGCUACUUGCCAGCUGGCCAGGAGGGCGGACCCCGCAUCAACACCAUGUCCAUGUCGAUGCUGAUCGAUUUCAUCAUCCAACGCACCUACCACGAAUUGACGGUGCUGGCCGAACUGCUACCAAGAAAAACUGAUAUGGAGCGCAAGAUUGAAAUCUACAAUUAUGCAGCCCGCACACGGCACUUGUUCACCCGCCUCAAUGCGCUGGUCAAGUGGGGCAACUCGGUCUCCAAAGUGGACAAAUCGUCGCAGAUUAUGAGUUUCCUGGACAAACAGAACAUGCUGUUCGUGGAGACGGCCGACAUGCUGGCCCGCAUGUCGCGGGAGACGCUGGUGCGCGCCCGCUUACCCAACUUUCACAUUCCCGCUGCCGUUGAGGUGCUCACAACUGGCACCUACAACCGCUUGCCGACCUGCAUUCGCGAACGGAUUGUGCCCGCGGAUGCCAUCACGCCGGCAGAGAAGAAGCAGACCCUGCUGCGCCUCAAUCAGGUGAUUCAGCAUCGCCUGGUCACGGGCAAACUGUUGCCGCAGAUGCGGGAAUUCCGAAUCAAGAACGGACGUGUCACCUUCGAGGUGAAGCACGAGUUCAGUGUGGCCCUUACGGUUAUGGGCGAUAGCCAGAAUGUUCCUUGGCGUCUGCUGGACAUCGAUGUACUCGUGGAGGACAAAGAGACGGGAGAUGGCAAAUCCCUUGUCCAUCCACUGCAAGUGAACUACAUCCAUCAGCUAAUCCAAGCUCGUCUGGUGGAGAAUCCCAAUGCCCUGAGCGAGGUAUACAAUUGCCUGCACUAUUUCUGCCAGUCGCUGCAGCUGGAGGUGCUCUACACCCAAACGCUCCGCCUGAACUACGAGCGUCUAGACGACAACAACAUCACUGUGGAGGAGUAUGUGCCAGGCGUUAAGUUGACCGUCUCCUACUGGCGGGACCUGAAAUCGGAGCUGGGCUAUCGUCUCACUGUUCAGUCGGAUCCCAGUGAGAUUGGCCGUCCGCUGGCCGUGGUUCAUGUGCCAUCGCUGGGAGCCAAGGAGUCGGCGGAAGUGGCCGAUCGCGCUGUGCGGUCCGAGCAUCUGUCGAUGGAGCGGCUGAUUGUGCACACGGUCUACAUCCGAUCCGUGUCCAGGCUGAGUGACCUGAAGCUGGAGUUCCAGGCCUUCCUUAAGGAUGUUGAUUUCAACCUUCAGGGCACGCCAGCCAUUCUCACUGUGCCCGUCCUCUCGCCCUGCCUGCGAGCGGAGCAAAUCCACAUUACCAUCGACACGCACACGGGCAUGUUCCGCUGCCACGUGCCCAAGCACUUGGACUGUCCGAUCACGGACGAGAUGCAGGAAGCCUUGAACGGUGAUCGGAGCAAGCUGCCGUCGCUGCUCUCGGAGCUGCGCUACUGGAUCACGCAUCGUCGGUGCGAGAAGACGCUGCAGCAUCUGCCGGCCACGGCCACCGAUACGCUGACUUUCCUCACCCAGCCCGAGCAGGAGCUGCUGCAGCAGGGCCGCCACAAGAUAUACGUGAAGCUGCACAGGCAUCCCAAUAUUAUUCUGGUGGUUCAGCUGAAGGAGAAGUCAACGAUGGCAAACGAAAUGGAAUACACAUUCCACUUGGGCUUUGUGGCCUUCCAGAAGGAUGAGGCCGACGUUAUAGAUGAUUCUGCCAAGCAACUGGUGUCCGUGGUGGCUCAGCCGCCAUCGGAUAUCCCGAAAUUCUUCACCAAACUGAUGCGUCUCAUCGAGUUCGAUACAUUUGUGGCCACCCAUGGGCCCGGCACUGAGGUGGAUGCGGAGGUGUCUCCACACAAACGCAAAUCUACUGGCGAUAUUCUAGCGCCCCCAGCCAAGCAGCAAAAGACAAUAUUUCCCGCGUACUUCAUACCCGAACUGGCGCACGUGGUGGCCAUGUGCGAUGAGAAGAUACCGUUUAUGAAUCUGGCCCAAACCCUGUCCAAGCACAAUAUUCCGCACAGCGGCCUGCAGGUGGAGGCAAAUGCCACCUCGUUGGUGCUGAAGAUUCUGGCGCUGCCACAGCCAGGCAAAUCGGCCACAGCUGCGGGCCAACAGCCCCAGCAGGGAGCUGCUUCUGCUGCUGGUGCUGCUGCGGGUGCUGCUGCUUCUGCUGGUGCUGGUGCUGCUGCCGGCGAGACCAAGCCUCAGCCGCCGAGCGGCUCCUCGGCUUUCCCCAGGAUCGAGCCUCAUGUGUGGGACGAUCUGAUGCGGCGUGUACUCUCGAUUUCGGUGCGCUCGCAGACGAACAAGAACAGCCAAGUGAGGAUUUGGGUGGUGGAGUUCGUCUUCUACAGCACCCCGCUGCAGAGCUGCCAUCCGAAGGAGCAGGGCAGCCGGCGCACCGUUUACCUAACCUACGAGCAGGCCAAUCACGAUUUCUCGAAGACAGUCGAGGAACUGCUUAACGACUGGUCCAAGAUCGUGUACCUCUACACGCUGGUCUAUGACUUUGCGGAGCAGCUGAGGAACAAACGCCUCGCGCUGUGUGACAUGCUGGUGGUCAAGUCCUACAGCUACAUGAAUCUUCUGCUGGGAUAUGGCCCGAAGAAGGAGGUCAGCUGCAAUAUCUACUGGUCCGUGCAGUCGCAUGGCUUCCGCCUGACCUUCGUGGGCGGCAUGUCUGCGGUGAAUGCCCACUCGAUGAUGCGGGACCAGUUGGCGCAGCAUCUGAACCAGCAGCACAGCCUCACGCAGAUCGCGCAAAUCCUGCACGAGACCUACAACCCCAUGAGCUCCAUUGCCAAGCUCCCAGUGCUGCCCUUCCUGGGGAUUCCCCGCCCACAGGUGCCCGUGCUCUCGUUCUGCAUGCUGGCCCAGUCGCCCUGCCUCAUGCGUUUGACCUACCAGGCCGUGUACUGCCUGGAGCUGCGCUUCCGGGCCAACCGUCUCGUGUCGAUUCGUGAUGGAGCCAGCAGUCGCUUCGAGCGGAACGUAAUUGAGGAGUUCACGCCCAUACAGGGGCUGAAGGCGUUCUUGUCCAAGUACGUGGACGAGUCGGCCGCGUACCGGGGACGAGCGCCCCACGAAGACGACAAUCCGCUGUCACCGAUUGGCAUGGAGGAUAACUAUGGCGGGCCCAGCAGUGUGACGGGUGUGAGUGCAGGCGGUUCGUCGCCAUUCCUGGGCGCUGGCAUGCGUGGACCCCAGUCGCCGAGGGACAGUGGACUGCGGUUCCCGGCGCCGCACACUCCGCCCUCCAGCUCGAAUCCUCACACGCCAGCCAGCCCCCAUCCGAGUGCGGGCGGAGGAGGGGCAGCGCAGAGUCAUGGAAACUUUAACUUAACCUCGCCGCCGGCUCCGCAUAUGCCGCACCCGUCGCCGGGCGGACUGAUGCCUUCGUCGCCACUGAAUCCGCAGCCGAGUCCCCACAUGGUGCACAGUCCCGGUCCCAAUACGCUGUACAUGCAGAGCCACCAGGACUCGCCCUUCACAGCCAUGUCGCCGGCGAACAACCAAUGGCCCGGAUCCCCUAGCAUGCCCCGUCCCUCGCCACGGCCCGGCCAGAGUCCGGAGCACAAGAGCACUGGAGGCAGCGUAGUGACAGGUGGGCCCGAUCGUGGAGGAUCGAGAGGCACCCUUAACCGCCCCUGGGCUGGUGCCGUGCCCACUCUGCUCACCCACGAGGCCCUGGAGACGCUGUGCCGGCCCAGCCCGCACCCGAACAAGGAUAUCAAUGUGACGGACAUGAGCCCCCUGGAGCGGUUCCUCGGCUGCGUCUACAUGCGCCGGCAGCUGCAUCGCAACAUCCAGAACGAGGAGUCCCUGACGGCCCUCAACUCCACGGAGCCGGGAGUGGUGCUGUUCAAGGUGGACGGACUGCAGUGCCAGGUGAUGCUCAACCAGAUGCACAUGCAGACGCUGCACCUGAAGAUCACCCAACUGCCGCCGCCGCCCGACAAGCCCACAUUCCAGCUGAGUCCCGACGAUCUCCUGGUGAUAGAGCAGUACUUCGACACCCGAGUGGCGGCGCCGCCCUAUCGUCCGAACUCGCUGCACAGCAUCUGCCGGCUGCUGAAUCUGCCCGCCCAAGUGCUCAAGGACUUCGUGCAGAUCAUGCGACUGGAGCUGAAGCCAGAGUUUGGCGGGGAUCAGCUCAAGUGGACGGUGCAGAUGUGCAUGCGAAUGCCGCCGUCGGCGGUGCCCAUUGUGCCCAGCGGAAACGCCUGCGUGGUGUUGGGCAGGAUGAAGAUCCUGUUCUUCCUGCAGAUCACCAAGAUCCCGUUCAACGGCAAGGACUGGAAGGACAGCCCCUCGCUGGUGCUGCCCAUCGUCUACGACAUCACCAUGAACCUCACCCAAAUGGCCGAGCGCAGGGAGCAGGUGCCCUCCCCCAUGAUGACGGCGGCCAGCACACUCCUGCGCCGCUUUUCCGAGUUCAAUUCGCAGCAGAACCAGUGCUCGCUCUUCCCGGCAAUCACGGAUCUGCUGACCAACCUGCAGCUGGCCACGGACAUGCCCCAGCCGCCGCCCAACCAGGCCAUUGGACCGCCAGUGGGUGUCGGCGUCGGUGUGGGCGUUGGCAUCGGCGUGGUCGGCUCCAGUCCGAAUCCCAUGAUGCCAAUGCAGCAGCUGCAGCCGCAGGUGGGGCCCCAAGGACAGGUUGGCCCUGGCGGCUACCCACAGCUUGGUCCGAAUCCCGGCGGCCCGCAGUGAUGAAGGCGUAAGCGCCGCACCUCCUCACUCAUGCAGUGAGCAGGCACCAGAAACGGCGACCAACCCGAUCGAUCCCCCAUCUGCACAUCUAUUUAUUCGACAAACGUUUUUUUUUUAUACCCAGAAAGAGCGACCACUACUCAAUCACUACGCGUGCACUCUGCACUCCCGGCAAAACAAACAUUUACCCCUAAAACUAUAGUUGAUAUUUGUAAAGUGGCACGAGAAACUGUUUAUACACAUCGCAAAAUAAUAUUUAUUUCCCGGGCUGCUCCCAGGAAGAUCUGCGUACGCACAAGGCACAAGGGUGUCCUUGAUGUCUGGAGAUUCCUGCGAGCGAACGGAAAUGUUGAUACCAAUCGAGAAAAGGUUGCCAAUCGUGUUUUUUUUUAUUUGUAAACCCCGUUUUGAGCCCCACCUUGGAGGGGGUGGGGGACAGAUUCCCAAUAAAAGAGAUGCAUACA